AUGAAAUUUACAGUGAACACACUUCUUCGAACCCAAACUUUUCAGGUUUUAUGUGCUUCAAGUGAAGACCACACUGCUGUGGAACCACUACUACCUCCUGAAGGUGCCAAAGUUGGAGAACAUAUAUCAUUCUCAGGGAUUGACGGUAAGCCAGAAGAUGUGCUCAACCCGAAAAAGAAGCAGUUGGAGAAAAUAACACCAAAUCUUUUCACUGAUGACAAGGGUGUAGCCACGUUCAAGGGCAUACCUUUCAUGACUUCUGGUGGGCCUUGCACAUCAUCCAUCCCAAGGGCAACCAUCAAAUGAUCGAAGCUAACCAGCAGAUUGAUGAACGAAGAGCAUUAUAUAUAGGUUCAUUACUGCGUUAAGGUGGUUGUCGGUUAAGGUGGUUGUCGAUGCAUGAACCGUAAAUGUAGAAAAUUUCAGAUGACAAUACUAUGGUUUUGACAUUGCUGUGUUCAGGAAAUUGAAAGGAGCUCUUCUGUGUUCUUUUGGCCGAGCCGAGUAUGAACGGUUAAAUGUUGCGUGUUAGCGCAAUGGGUGAAAGUUGAAUGAUGGUGGUGGUGGAUGGAAAUGGGAGCCACACCAGAAGUUGUUAUCUCAAUUCUCUGAUUCCAGAAUAAGACUUGUCACGUGCAAUUCUGACACGGAUAUGGAAUAACUGGCGUCGUUUCAUCUUCUUCGAAAGAGUCGAAGAAAUAAAAAAGGAGCUUGCAUUGUUACAUGAGCGGCUUCAUCGACCCUGUAUCACUUGCUGAACGUUGUUGAAGUACUGGAAUGGACACCAUCUUUAAAUCAGCUUUGAGACUCAGUUGUACAGAUUCAUCUUCGGAUUCUGCAGAAUUUGGUAGCUGAGGAGCAAAAGAUAGGUAGGAGGGGCUUUGAUAGAUAGAUAGAUAGAUAGAGAGAACUAGGGCUGGAAGUUUGGUACCAGUAUUUGGGAAAAUAUCGAAUAUCGUACCGAAUUUGUCUAUAUUUGGUAUGAAAGAAUACACGUAUUAUUUCUUGGGAUUGGGAUUAAGAUUCAAUUUCAAUUGUUAUUCGGUAUUAGGGAUUUUGAGAUUGGGAUCGGUAUAUAUCGAAAUACCGAACAAUACCGAAAUAAAGUUAGUGCAUAUUUUAUCCUC